AUGAAUUUAUAUUUUUCUGAUAGACCUAUUUGUGACGGAAAAAUAAAUAUAAAAUUCGUCAUACCAACAAUUCAGACGCCAGGUGCCAUAACGUCACCGAUGAAAUGGACUGUUCGUCGUGGCCCUCCCGGAAUGCCUCUCUCGCCAAUUCGAGCGCUCUUCAUUUUGAAAUCAAACUCUCCGCUCUCUCCACGAUUUGCUUAUAAUCCCCAAUGGGGAGCUUUUUGGGAAUUGCAGCUGUACCGUGUCGAGGCUUUGAAUCUGCUUCCAAAACUCCUCGAACGAUGGCAACUCUGA